UCUAAAUUCGUAAAAUCACGCGCCUUCUUCAGUGUUAGUUCUCCACCUCCUCCUUGGCGGAAAACCCUAACCCCUCUCAGCCUCCUCUCGCCGCCGAUCCGACCCAAAUUCCGAACCCCUCCGGUCCUCUCCCAUCUCCCGGCGUCCCCACCGCGCUCUCCGCCAUGCCGGACGUGCAGCCGCUCGUCAGCGACUUCGUCCUCAAGCUCAAGCGCCGGAAGGUGGAGGGGUCGCAUGCGGUUGCCCGGCAGACGGCGGAGCUGCUACGGUCGGUUGUGUCGCAGCAUCGGAUGGUUAGCAGCGCCAACCAGGCUGCCGCGCUUGCCGAUGCCGUACGCGCUGUGGGGGAGCAGCUCAUCGCCGCCAAUCCCGUUGAGCUUGCUGUUGGAAACAUCGUGAGACGUGUUUUGCAUAUAAUAAAGGAGGAGGAUAUAUCUUCCACAGCAGUUGGUAUCGAAGGUCUUUCUGUUACUGUUGACAGUGAUGAUGAAUAUGACAGUGAACAUGAUGAUCGCCCUGCAUUAUCUGCUGCUGUUCUUGCUGCACAUGCUAGAAAUGCCCUCCGUGCACCUUCAUUGCAGACUCUGCUAGAAGACAUUCCUGUGAGUCCUGCAGUUUCCCGCACUGCAUCAUCAACUGGUGACUCAGACGGAAAAAGUAAAUCAGCUGGAGAUAAGAGCUCGACUAGGAAACUGAAGCAUGAUGUCAUCGCAGCCAUUGGUGAUCUUAUUGAUGAGAUUGACUCAUGCUAUGAGCCGAUUUCUGAGCAAGCUGUGGAACUUAUUCACCAAAAUGAGGUAAUCCUAACUCUAGGUCGUUCUAGAACCGUCAAGGAGUUCCUGUAUGCUGCGAAAGAGAAGAAGCGAUCUUUUCGUGUAUUUGUUGCUGAAGGUGCUCCAAGAUAUCAGGGCCAUGUUCUUGCAAAAGAGCUGGUUGAGAAAGGUGUACAAACUACAGUUAUAACAGAUUCAGCAGUUUUUGCUAUGAUCUCUCGAGUUAACAUGGUCAUAGUUGGAGCGCAUGCUAUCAUGGCAAAUGGUGGAGUCAUUGCACCAGUAGGGAUGAACAUGGUUGCACUUGCUGCUCAAAGGCAUGCUGUGCCUUUUGUUGUGGUUGCUGGUAGUCACAAGCUGUGUCCAUUGUAUCCACACAACCCAGAAGUGUUACUGAAUGAACUCAAAUCGCCGUCUGAUUUGCUCGAUUUUGGCGAGUUCUCAGAUUGCAUGAAUUUCAGUACUCAGGAUGGCAGCCCCUUGCUAAAUGUUGUCAACCCAACAUUUGACUAUGUGCCACCGAAGCUUGUGAGCCUAUUCAUCACUGACACUGGGGGCCACAGUCCAUCUUAUAUGUAUCGGCUAAUUGCUGAGUAUUACUCAGCUGAUGAUCUGGUAGUGAGACGGAAGGCAACAUCUUGAAAGAAGACAAAAAGCACUGCAGAGUCCCCUUGGUGCUCUGAUGAGCGAUGUUGCUGUCUUCAGUGGAUUCACCUACUGUCAAACUGCAGGAAAUCAGUGCAAGCAUUCUCGCGCAUUCUUUGUAAGCAUUGCGGCAUUUUGAGUGUAAACUGUUGAGGAAAUGGGGCGUGACGUCAUGGAAAGGAUUGUUUUACUAUAGGAGUGGUUCAAAUAUAUGGUUGACUGGUUGUGUAGAGGGUGGCUGUUUCUUAUCUGGCCAUAGGUUAAUCUGUGCCUUGGCUGGUCGAAAUUUUGUCUGUUAUAAAUUCCAGCAAGCUGUUUGAUAUGUGUACGAAGUAUUAGCAUGCACA